UCAAAAUAACGCAGCUCUCUCCUCGUCCACCAGAGGGCAGGACGGUGCAGCGAACGGCCACCAGAAUGGCUCUCCACAAGAACGUCUUUUCGCUUCGUUAUGGGCUAAAUGCCCGGCUGGGUGCUGUUGUGGCAGUGCAGCACCGCCACUCUUCAGAUGUGCAUUUUCUGACAAGGCCCGAAAUGUCAGCCCUGAAGAAGGGGCGGGGAGGCCGGUCAUCCUUCUCAGGGAAUGUCGCAACCAUCUUUGGUGCCUCUGGCUUCAUGGGACGAUACAUUUGUAACCGUUUGGGAAAGACUGGGACACAGAUGAUAAUCCCAUACCGUGGAGACCAUUAUGAUGUCCGACCCUUGAAGUUGGCUGGUGAUUUGGGUCAGGUCCUCUUCAUCCCCUACCACCUCACUGAAGAAGAGGUCAUCCGCAAGGCAGUCAAGCAUUCCAAUAUUGUCAUCAACCUAAUUGGUCGUGACUGGGAAACCAUGAAUUUCUCCUUUGAAAAAGUUCAUGUUGAAGGAGCUGAGAGACUGGCACGCAUCAGCAAGGAGAUGGGAGUUGAGAAGUUCAUCCAUGUUUCUGCUUUGAACUCCAAUGUUGAACAUGAGGGUUAUAUGGUCAAGGGAGGCUCUCAGUUUCUUAAGACAAAGGGCCUGGGAGAGCAGGCUGUGAGGGCUGCUUUCCCCGAGGCUAUUGUCUUCCGCCCCAGUGAUGUUUAUGGCCAGGAAGAUCGUUUCCUCAGGUUUGAAUUGGUUGAACUGGUUGACUGGUUCCAUCGUGUCAUGCGAAAGGAUGAGAACUAUGGCUAUAUGAGUUAUGACAUGAAGUGGGACCCAAUCUUCAAGGUGAAGGCAAUGAUCACGGAAUACUGCCCAUCAUGGCCAGUCAACACACUUACCAGGGACAAGGUGGAAAGGGAAGCCGUAUCGGAUACAACUACUGGACUUCCAACCCUGGAGGACCUUGAUGUUCCCCUGACCAAGAUGGAGGACCGUAUCAGCUGGGAGCUCAGGCCAUUCAGAGCUGCCAACUACUAUGAUGAAGAAGUGGGAGAAUUUGAGCCACCUGCACCACCCAAAUACAUUUCAGCAAAUUGAGGUGUUCCUAUUUAACUUUUUUUUUUCUUCGUUUUUUGGAAUCGAUUCUUGCAGGAAUGUAGGAUGAAAAUGAAAUGACAGCUGUAGUACAUUCAAUAUUCUUACUAUAUUUUCACACGUCAUGGCAGACAGAUUUUUUUUUCUUCGUAAUCAAGAACUUUGUCAGUGACAAAACAAAUUUUUUUUAUUCCUACCAAUUUGAAGUUGGAAAAUUUUAUUUAUUCUUUCAUAUUGUAAAUAUUGCUGUAAAUGACUCUACUGUAAAGCAACCAAUAAUAAAUAUAUGUUAAAAGGUGAA